AUGAGGAUUCGCGUAAAGAGAAAGCUUCAAUUUACUUCGUGCUACGAAUUCAAGAAGAUUUGGGCCGACAACAGCAAGGGCGCUGGCAUCACCUUCUUCCGUGUGAAGCCCCCCAAGGAGUUCUGUGCAUUGGGGGACUUCGCGGAGCCCCAUCACGGCGAUCUUCCCAACAAUCCUGCGAGCUUCUUCGCCAUACGAGAGCGCGUCCGCAAAACUGAGGAGCCUGCACGCCCCGGCGAUCCACCAGAACCCGAGGACUUCCCGCUCCUCGUCAGGCCAAAGGAGUUUGUGGCCAUCUCCCAGGAUCGAAGUCGUGUAAUGCUGUGGCGGCCGGUGCCGCCCAGCGACGACUAUGCCGCGCUCGGCUGUGUGGCCACCGAGCCUGAGAGCAGCGAAACGCCCGACAUUGACUCGGUGCUCUGCCGUCUCUCGGUGCUCACCGGUGCUCGUCCAAUCACAAUCAAAAUCGUCCGUAGCGUGCUGGCGAAGAGCAGCAAGGGGUUCCUGCUGUGGGCCGACCAGAAGCAGCGAGAGGGCGGCCGCGAUAUCUCCGUGUGGGUCGUCGUGCCUCCGCUCAAGGACGCCUUCUUCCACCCCGCCACGUUCGUUGCGGUGGCCCCACACGAAGAGCCGACAGGGACGCCCUUCUACUACUUCCGCCGUCACUCUGCCAUCGAGGCGUUCAAGGUGAACUACGGGGACCUGACGGAGAAGGUGCGGCAUCCCGACACGGGGAUUCCGUUCGAGCGCAAGAAGAAAUCGCUCAAGGCCCUCAAGGCCUCCUCCACCAAGAAAUACUUCAACGGUGCGUCGGCGGUGGACUGGCUGAUCAAGGAGUACGGGCUGAAGAGCCGCAAGGAGGGGGUGAUGCUGGGCGAGCAGCUGCGGCGCAUCGGGGUGCUGACGCGCAAGGACGACGCCGGCCUCUCGUUUGUCGACGACCAGCACGUGCGCUACAGCUUCAACGAUUUUGUAGACAGCUCCAUCAGCACACCCGCCCUCGCCAGCGCGCCAUCGUCGUCAUCAACCAACGGCCACGGCGGCACCAACCACCACCGAGCGCUCGCCUUCAGCGACGGCGACGAGGAACUGUCGGCGCCUCCGUCGGGCAGCCUCAUCAAGCCCUUCCUGCCCCACCAGGCGGCGCCCAAGCCCAAGCUGUCGCCCGCGGUCAACAAUUUUGGGCGGCAGAGCAUCGAGGGCCACGCCAAGCGCAAGAGCAUGACCAUCAACAAGGCCCAGUCGAGCGGCAACUUUGGCGGCUUGGCCAUCGUCGUCCCGCCCUCCUCCGCGUCGGCCUCCGUCCCCGCCACGCCCGCCGCCGCGUCGUUUACCACCAGUAGUACCACGACCACGACCACGACCACGCCCUCGGCGUCGGCGUCGGUGUCAGCAUCGUUCAACGGGUCGAGCAGCAGCCCGCCGGUGAGCAAGCGCAGCGUGGCAAGCGGGGACCACCACCCGCACCACCACCAACACCUGCACGCCAAGCUGUCCCAGCGCGGCGGCAAGUUCGCGAGCCUCACCAAGAAGGAUCGCGAGCGCAUGCUGGACCGCGAGCGCUACGACAUCCUCAACAACGGCACGGCCGACGACCACCAGAGCGUCGGGGUGGCCGGAGCCACGACGAUCGCCGCCAGCGGCAGCGUGGCGGAGGGAAGCAAGAAGGAAAAGAAGGAGGGCCUGAUUAAGGGCACGUUUCGCGGGCUGGUCAAGCCCAAGGGGAAGGGCAACGACGACCACCACGACGGCUCGACGACGACAACGACCACCACCACCACAACGCCGAGCGACCACGGCAGGGAGAAGCGGUCCGUGUACCGACUAUCCGGCCUCUCCGUUCCCGCGCCCACGAUCGCCGUCACGGCCCCGAAGCCUGGGCGGCUGUUCGGGGUGGCCCUCGAGGAGGUGGUGCGACAGCCCGACCUCACGAGCGACGCGUUGGCGCUGCCGCGAUUCGUGGAGCACGCGCUGGCGUUCCUCGAGCGCGAGGAGAACAUCGUCACGCUGGGCCUGUUCCGCAUCGCCGGCAAGAAGCCCGACGCCGACGCCCUCCGCGCGGCCUACGACGAAGGCGGCGCGGGCGUCGAUAUGGCGGCCACCCACGUGCACCCGCACACGGUGGCGGGCGUGCUCAAGCUCUUCCUCCGCUCCCUGCCCGAGACACUCCUCACCGCCCACGCCUACACCCACUUCCUCGACGCUGCCCAAGCGGAGAGUACGGAGGUGGCGGUGGAGCGGCUGAAGGAGCAGCUCGAGCAGCUGCCAGAGAUCAACUACGUGCUGCUGGAGCGGCUGGAGACGGAUGCGCAAGUGCUGUUCAAGGAGACCAACCUCCUCAACUCGCUCGUGGAGGUCCUCAUCACCCACCACCCCGCCCUCUUCCAGCGCGUCUGCGCCCCCAAGGAACCCGCACCCGCGCCCGCUGUCGACGCCGCCAGCCGUGAGAAGGCCAACGCCACCGCCAACGGCGGCGAAGACGGCAGCGGCGGCGAGGAGCGAAGGGAGAGGGAGAGGAUGGAGGGGAUGGAGGAGUGGGAGGGCAGCGACGACGAGAGCGCGGCGGCGGACGAUUUUGCAGGACAGCCCGAUGGCGGCGGCGGCGGUAAGAAGAAAUGGGGAGGGGCCAAGCUCGCCAAGAAGGCCGACAAGGACAAGGUGGUGCGCACCGAUAAUCACCGCCAGCGGCUGUCGCUCUCCAUCAAGGACGACGUCAGCACCAACAACCCCAGGCCGAAGAAGAUGAAGAAGGAAAAGAAAAAGGACAGGGAAAAGAAGGAGAAAAAAGACCAGGCCCCGGACGACGACACGGCCCAGGCCGACGGCGACGGCGAGGGGGCGGGCAGGCGCCGGAGCCUCACGCAGAAGACGACGUCGGCCGAGAGCCGGCGUGUGCCGAUGCGGGAGCGGCUGUCGUCCAGCGACCGACUGUCGAUCACGGCGCGCCGGUCGGUCCAGCUGUCGUCGCUCGAUCUCGGCAGCCUGCGAGGCGCCGGCCACACCUCCUCCGGUGCCGCGGGCGUCGAUGGCGGCGGCGUGUCGUGGUCGAUCGACGACAGCAGCCGUGGCCCGCCCAACCGGCCCCACUCGACCACCAUCGACGGCAAGCGACCCAUCGACGCCAUACUCGAGCAUCUCCAGCCACCACCACCACCAGCCGACGGCGGCGGCGGCGACGACGACGAUGGCGAGGCGGAGACGACGGCGGCGGCAGAGGUGGUGAAGGAGACGGCGGAUGGGAAGGCGGCGACGAUGAUCACGCGGUUCGGGCAGGAGGUGGAGCGGGACCUGGUGAAGCUGCGGAAGGGAUCGCUGGAGCAGAUGGUGGAGGUGGUCAAGGAGAAGGAGGUCAUGCGGAUCACCAAGCUCGUGCGCGAGCGCGAGGUCGAGGAGGUCAAGAAGAUCAGCCGCGUCAAGCACAUGAAGGAGGUCAAGGAGCGCGAGAUCCAGGACAUGGCCGAACGGGCGGCGUUGGAGCGGGAGUUGAAGCGACGAGAGAGGCGGAAGUCGACGUUGAUGGUGCACGAGCUGGUGCACAAGAUGCUGGCGACGUGUCCGCCGCCGCCCGAGGUGGCGGUCCACACCGACACGGAGCAGGUGCUGCGGGAGCGGAAGGCCGAGAAGAACCGGGAGUUCUUCGAGAAGAAGAUCACCGAGGGCAAGGUGCGGUCCAAGGAGGAGAUCGAGGCCGAGGUGCGCCUCGGGCUGGUGCAGGGCGGCGCGGGCAACCGCAAGGCGUCGGCCACCCAUCCACCCGCCAAGGACCCCAUUGUCGCCGCCAAGCUUGCCCUCUUCGAGGAGGGCCACUCUCAGGACUGA